AUGACUCAUAUCGUUCGAGAUUUGGAUAGGCCAAGCUCUAAAAUGCACAAGAAAGAGAUCGUUGAAGCGGUCACAGUGAUUGAAACCCCACCAAUGGUCAUCGUUGGUGUUGUUGGUUACGUUGAAACGCCUCGUGGUCUCCGAACGUUGACCACCGUCUGGGCUGAACAUUUGUCCGACGAGGUGAAACGCCGUUUCUACAAAAAUUGGUAUCGUUCAAAGAAGAAGGCGUUCACAAAAUAUGCCAAAAAGCACGCCGACGGUGCCAAGGAUAUUCUUAAGGAACUUGAACGCAUCAAAAAAUACUGUCAAGUCGUUCGUGUGUUGACUCACACUCAAAUCCGAAAGGUAAAAAUAGGUCAAAAGAAAGCUCAUCUAAUGGAGAUUCAGGUUAACGGUGGAAGCAUAGCGGAGAAGGUUGAAUGGGCGAGAAGCCAUUUUGAGAAGGAGAUAGACAUUCAUUCGGUCUUUGAGCAAGAUGAGGUAAUUGACGUUAUUGGUGUCUCAAAGGGUAAAGGAUUUGAAGGUGUGACGCAUCGAUGGGGAACAAAGAAACUUCCUCGUAAGACACAUAAAGGCUUGCGCAAGGUCGCUUGUAUUGGCGCGUGGCAUCCCUCGAGAGUAAUGUAUUCUGUUCCGCGUGCCGGUCAAAAUGGGUAUCACCACCGGACCGAGGUUAACAAGAAGAUUUACCGUAUUGGAAAAGGAAAUGAAGAGACCAAUGCAUCGACAGAAUAUGAUGUUACCAAAAAGCAGAUUACGCCAUUAGGUGGAUUCCCACAUUACGGCAUUGUGAACGAGGAUUUGAAAUCUUUGAUCACACACACUAAACGUUCAGCCCUGGAGAAGAUCUCCCUUAAGUUUAUCGAUACGAGCUCCAAAUUUGGUCAUGGCAGGUUCCAGACUGCCGAAGAAAAACGUGCAUUCCUUGGAACCCUCAAGAAGGACCUUAAGAAGGACCUUAAGGAAACUGAGAAUUAA